AUGGGCAAGAGGCAGCUCAGCGGGCUGGAGAUCAGCCUGAUCGUCCUCUUCUCCAUAGCAACAGCCAUAACCUGUGUCCUCAUCGGGCUGCUGGCAACAGGACAGUCUGGAGUCAAAGAUCCAGGUAAGGACUCCCCACGGAUGCUGCAGGAUUUUUACCCCCAGUGUCCGAAUAUACAAACAGAGGAGAGGAUUGACUGCAUCCCGGAUCAACUGGCAACAAAGAGGACCUGCUCUCUCCGUGGCUGCUGCUGGAGGCCCCAGGGCGACACCAACGUGCCCUGGUGUUUCUUCUCCCCAAAACACGGCUACAGAGUCGAGGGGUCAAAAAAAUCCACCAAGGCAGGGUUUGAGGCCACACUGAAGAGGUUGCCAUCACCUACUCUCUUCGGGAACGACAUUCAGACCGUUCUGCUCACCGGGGAGUAUCAGACACCAAACCGCUUCCAUUUCAAGAUCACUGAUCCUAAAAAAAAGCGGUUUGAAGUCCCUCACGAGCAUGUGAAACCAUUCACUGGAUCUGCAGCCUCCAACCUGAAGUACCAAGUGACGCUCAAGCAGAACCCCUUUGGCCUCGUGGUGACCAGAGCGAGCAAUGGCAAAGUGCUGUUUGACACCACCAUAGGCCCCCUUGUGUACGCUGACCAGUUCUUACAGCUCUCAAUCAAACUGCCCAGCAGCAACAUUUACGGGGUGGGGGAGCACGUGCACAAGCAGUACCGGCACGAUGUCAACUGGAAAACCUGGCCCAUGUUCAGCAGGGAUAUCGGCCCCUCUGGAGAAAUGCAUAACUUAUAUGGAGUUCAAACUUUCUUCCUGUGUUUGGAAGACACCACUGGAGCCUCCUUUGGUGUUUUCUUAAUGAAUAGCAAUGCCAUGGAGUUUGUGGUGCAGCCUGCUCCAGCAGUGACCUACAGAACCAUUGGUGGGAUCCUGGAUUUCUACAUCUUCCUGGGGGACACUCCAGAGCAUGUAGUCCAGCAGUACCUGCAGUUCGUGGGAUUGCCAUGGUUUCCCUCCUACUGGAGCCUGGGCUUCCAGCUGAGCCGCUGGAAUUACGGCUCCCUGGAGGAGGUGAUGAAGGUGGUGAACAGGAACAGGGACAUUGGACUCCCUUAUGAUGUCCAGUUCACAGACAUCGACUACAUGGAGGGAAAGAAAGAUUUCACGUACGACAAAGAGAAGUUUAGAGAUCUCCCUCAGUUUGCAGAGUAUAUGCACAACUAUGAACAGAAAUACGUUAUCAUAUUGGAUCCUGCCAUUAGCACACAAAACCUGGUGGAUGGAAGCGCCUAUGGAAGCUACGUCAGGGGAACAGAGAGAAAAGUCUGGGUUAAUGAAUCCGACGGAGUAACAGCCUUAGUGGGGGAGGUGUGGCCAGGGGAAACCGUGUUCCCAGACUUCACCAACCCAGAGUGUACGAGCUGGUGGGCGGAAGAAUGCAAAUUAUUUUAUGACACGGUGCCAUACGAUGGAAUCUGGAUUGAUAUGAAUGAAGUAUCCAACUUCAUUAAAGGCUCAAAACGUGGCUGUGAACAGAAUGACUUAAACUACCCUCCUUACACUCCCAGAAUUCUCGACAGGCUGAUGUUUUCCAAGACGGUGUGCAUGGAUGCAGUGCACACGUGGGGGAAGCACUAUGAUGUCCACAGUCUCUACGGAUAUUCCAUGGGCAUAUCCACACAGAAAGCCAUCGAGAGAGUGUUUCCUGGAAAGAGGAGCUUCGUUCUUUCGAGGUCCACUUUUGUGGGAUCAGGAAAGCAAGCAGGACACUGGCUGGGAGAUAAUGCAGCAACGUGGGAUCACCUAAGAUGGGCAAUACCUGGAAUGCUGGAGUUCAACCUCUUCGGAUAUCCCUAUAUUGGAGCAGACAUUUGUGGCUUCUUUGACAACACCACAGAAGAACUUUGCCGGCGCUGGAUGCAAGUGGGAGCAUUUUACCCCUUUUCCAGGAACCACAAUGCUGAGGGGUACAUAUCUCAAGACCCGGCUGCGUUUGGAGCUGACUCGGUGCUGGUGAGCAGCUCCAAGCACUACCUGAACAUUCGCUACACGCUGCUGCCCUACCUGUACACCCUCUUUUACAAAGCCCACACUCAGGGAGACACAGUUGUACGGCCGCUUCUGCACGAGUUCUACUCAGACGAAGCAACGUGGGACAUCAGCUGGCAGUUCCUGUGGGGUCCUGGGCUGAUGAUUUCCCCUGCACUUGAUCCAGGAGUGAAUGUCACCCGCAUCUACCUCCCUGACGCACCAUGGUAUGGGUUUGAGACGGGCGAGCCGGUGGUUUUGAGGAAAAUGUGGUACAAUUUAAGUACACCAGCGGACAAAAUCGGAGUCCAUUUGAGAGGAGGAUACAUUUUCCCCACCCAAAAACCAGGCAACACGACAGUUGCAAGCCGCAAGAAUCCAAUGGGACUUAUAAUUGCCCUGAAUAGUGAUAAUAGUGCUGUUGGGGACUUGUUCUGGGAUGAUGGGGAAUCUACAGGUACCAUUGAGAAUAAAACCUACCUUUUCUAUGAGUUUACAUGUUCCGAUAAUUCUCUGGUCAUGAAUGUUACAUUCAACAACUACAACGAUCCAAACAACUUGAAAUUUGAAGAAAUCAAGAUCUAUGGAGUGACCCGGGAAAUAACAGCAGUCACUGUGUAUCAGAACGACGUUGUGCAGAAUGACCCACUUAACAUCACCUACGAUGCUGCGAACCAGGCUGCUCUUAUAACAGGACUUCAGCUUGAACUGGGAAAAUCUUACACAUUAAAAUGGCAGCAGGGCCAAAGUCUCAGUGAAAGGUUUGAUUGUUAUCCCGAUCUUGAUCCAACAAAGGAAAAAUGUGAACAGCGCGGCUGUGCCUGGGAAGAAACGUCAAACCCAGGUGUCCCUCCCUGCUACUACACCUCUGCCAACCCUUUCUACCUGGAGAACCUCCAGUACUCCCCCACAGGGGUUGUGGCUGACCUGACUUUUGACAGUGCCAGGGUCAGAGCUAACGAGGCUGCCACUGCUCCAAUCAGCACUCUGCGCCUGGAGGUGAUAUAUCACCUCGACAACAUGCUGCAGUUCAAGAUCUAUGAUCAUCAAAACCCACGCUAUGAGGUUCCAGUCCCACUAAAUCUCCCCAGCUCCCCAACAAACUCGAGCCAGAGCCGACUUUAUCAAGUAGCCCUUCAGAUACAACCCUUUGGAAUAGAAAUUCAGCGCCACAGCACGGGCACAGUCAUCUGGGAUUCAACCCUGCCCACCUUCACGUUCAGCGACAUGUUCAUCCAGAUUUCCACCCGCUUGGCGUCCCAGUACAUCUACGGGUUUGGGGAGGCGGAAAAGGUCACCUUCCGACACGACGUGAACUGGCACACCUGGGGAAUGUUCACCAGGGAUCAGCCCCCUCGUUACAAGCUGAAUUCCUAUGGUUUCCAUCCAUUUUACAUGGCUCUUGAAGAGGAUGGCAAUGCCCACGGGGUUCUCUUGCUUAACAGCAAUGCAAUGGAUGUGACUUUGCAGCCAGCCCCUGCCCUGACAUACCGGACAACCGGAGGGAUUCUCGACUUCUACAUGUUCUUGGGCCCGACGCCAGAGCUGGUUGUCCAGCAGUACACUGCACUGAUUGGACGGCCGGUCAUGCCAGCCUACUGGUCUUUGGGCUUCCAGUUGUGCCGCUACGGGUACAGGAACGACACAGAGGUGUCCCAGCUGGUGGAGGAUAUGAAGGCAGCUGACAUUCCUCAUGAUGUCCAAUAUGUAGAUAUUGACUACAUGGAGAGGCAACUGGACUUCACCCUUAGCCCACGCUUUGCUGGAUUACCAGCUCUGGUUAACAGAAUCAGAGCAGAUGGAAUGAGAUUCAUCAUCAUCCUGGAUCCAGCCAUUUCUGGAAAUGAAACCAAUUAUCUUGCCUUCGACAGAGGUGUGGCGAAUGAUGUCUUCAUGAAACGGCCUAAUUCCAAUGAAAUUAUAUAUUCCAAGGUCUGGCCGUUUCUUCCUAAUGUAACUGUUGAUGAGUCCCUGCCCGAGCAAACCCAGAUACAGCUCUUUGGAGCACAUGCUGCUUUCCCAGAUUUCUUGCGCAAUUCCACAGCCGAGUGGUGGAAGACAGAAAUCCUGGAGGUCUACAACAAUCCCAUCGACCCCCAGAAAAGCAUCAAGUUCGAUGGCCUGUGGACUGACAUGAAUGAACCAGCAGCUUUUUCGAACGGUGCUCUUGAUGGCUGCAGAGACGACCUCCUGAACAACCCACCCUACAUGCCUCAUUUGGGAAACAGGUCAGAGGGAUUAACCUUCAAAACUCCAUGCAUGGAAGGUGUGCAGCAUCUCCCAGAUGGGACCCCGGUCAGACACUUUGACGUCCACACCCUUUAUGGGUGGUCACAGGCCAAACCUACCUUGGAGGCUCUGCAUGAGGCCACCCAGGAGCGUGGGAUCGUGAUCACCCGUUCCACCUACCCCAGCAGCGGGAGGUGGGCAGGGCACUGGCUGGGGGACAACGCGGCCGAGUGGGAUCAGCUCGGCAAAUCCAUCAUUGGGAUGAUGGAUUUCAGCCUCUUUGGAAUGUCUUAUACAGGAGCUGAUAUCUGUGGCUUCUUCUACGACGCAGAGUAUGAGAUGUGCCUUCGCUGGACGCAGCUGGGUGCAUUUUAUCCAUAUUCCAGGAAUCACAACCAGAAAGGAACCAGGAGGCAAGAUCCUGUUUCCUGGAAUGCAACAUUUGUGGAGAUUUCCAAGAACGUGCUGAAUGUCAGAUACACCCUGUUGCCUUAUCUCUACACACUAUUGCAUGAUGCCCAUGCCAGUGGUAGCACUGUGAUCCGGCCUCUAUUCCACGAGUUUGUGACAGACAAAAACACCUGGGACGUGUAUGAGCAGUUCCUCUGGGGACCUGCCCUGCUCAUCAGCCCCGUGCUGCAACAGAAUGCUGUAACAGUGAGGGCUUACCUGCCCAGUGCCCGCUGGUACGAUUACUACACGGAUGAGAAUGUCGGCCUUACAGGACAAUACAGAGUUUUCCAAGCUCCUUUGGAUCACAUCAACCUGCACAUCCGAGGUGGGCACAUCCUUCCUUGGCAAAAACCUGCCAGGACAACUUUUCUCAGCCGGAAAAACCCAAUGGGACUCACGGUGGCAUUGGAUGACGGUCUGUUUGCAGAAGGACACCUUUAUUGGGAUGAUGGGGUUCUGAUUGAUGCAUAUGAAAAGGGUCAAUAUCUGCUGACAUCAUUCACUGCUAAUCAGACUGUUCUAGAUAUCAGGGUUCUGCAUGAUGGCUACACCGACCCAAAUAACUUACAGUUUACUGAAAUCAAGGUCCUGGGGGUGCCCAGCAGUGUCAGCCAGGUGACGGUGUCACAGAAUGGUGCGACAGUCCCAUCCCCUCAUAACUUGAUCUACACCAGCAGCAAGCAGCUCCUGACAAUCACUGGGCUUCAGCUGAGAUUAGGCCAAAACUACACCCUGCAGUGGAGCUGAAAUGCCUGUAAAACGUCGGCCACAACGCCGCCUUUUCUCCUGUUUUAAAAAUCUCUUUCAAUUUUUCAACUU